AUGGUAGGACCAGAAUACGCAAGAUACUGUGGGAUUGAGGCCUUAGAGCCACUAGGAAUAUACUUGCCAGGAGACAUAAACUAUCCAGGAGGAACACUUUUUGAUCCCUUGAACCUCUCCCAAGACCCUGUAGCUUUUGAAGAACUUAAGGUCAAAGAGAUCAAAAACGGGAGACUAGCUAUGGUGGCGUGGCUUGGAUUCUAUGCGCAAGCGGCUUUCACAGGGAAAGGACCUGUUCAAAAUCUUGUUGACCAUGUAUCUGAUCCAUUACAUAACAAUCUGCUUGCUACGCUUCAUAUAUGA